GUAACAAGGCCAGCGGUGCGUCAUCUCACCACGAUGUAGCACUUUUCAAUCCAUCUGCCGGGGUUUGUUUGAGGUGGCCGCGCUUCCUAACGGUCUGAAUGCAGGAGCAGGAAAUCCGAUGUGACCGUAAACACACCGGUGUAAGGGAACACCGUGUUCCUUCGUGCGCUGACCUGUGCACAUGCGGCUUCUCCGCCAUCCAGACGGGCGCAGUACGAACUCGCGAACGCCGGAUUUUUUAGCCAAGAUAUCUGUUUUCAGGAUGUGUUUGCAGGAUUUGUCCCUUCGCAGCCCAGUGUUGGAGAACUGUUGUGCAGUGCACAUUUAAUGCAGUGUGAAGCUUCGUCGGGUGCUGCCGCUCUUUGAUGCCGACCAUUCGGAAACUCAAACAACACCGACGUAAGCGGCGGCCGUGACAGUUAAAUACCGCAUUACCAUUCAGUCGUGCCUGGACCCUGCCCAUUCAACUGGACAUCGGCGGGACCAGACUACUCUCUCCAGGCCAACCACAUCAUCCUCGAGCUCCGAGCAGGGACACCCCCAGUAUGGGAGCCAACGACUGGGUUGUACGGGUGGUGGUGUGUUCCGCGGCGGUGGCAGGCCUGCUGGUCGCCGUGGGUUUGCGUCGGACUUACGGUCUCCCCGUGUCAGGCUCACAGACGCAGGAGACUGGCGUCGAAGAUCUGUACCGGAGAGACACCGGCUCAGUGUCUGCAGACAGGACGGAGUCGUCUGAAGACGACACAAAUCGAGCCCGGCGUUGCACGUGUCAGGAUACGUCAGGAACCGUUGCCAGGGAAACGCGCAGCGGACAUGAAAGGACGCAGGGCCAGGUUGUCGUUAACAAAAUUCUUGACUUGAACCUGACCAAUCAGGAUCCGAAUAUUGAGGUGACGAUAGAAGUCAUCACGGGUAAUGCCUCUAUGUCUGAGGACCUGGAGUUCAUAGAGGGUCUGUGGGAGAUAGAGGGGAACCAGGGAGACGGGGUGGGUCGGGAGGAUUCCGAGGAGGAGGAGGACACAGAUGGCGAGGAGGAGGAGGAAGAGUCUGAUGGGGACCAGGACGGGGAAGAGGAUGAGGAUGAAGAGGACAAUCAUCUUGACUACGAGGAUGACCUUGGAUAUAUACUUGGAUUACCAACACAAGCACCAGGUGCCGACUUACAGCCGACAGAAGCCGUGCAGAUCGGAGAGCGCCUGGCCCAGGAACAGGAGAGGUCUCCGUUCGAUAUGUCAGAUGUGGACAGCUGUGAGCAGUGGAUGAAGUGCCGCUCGGAGUUCCUGCUGGCCUACCUGUCCAAGUUGGACGACCUUCCCAGCUGCCCGUGCUUCUACCCGGUCAACCUGCCCUACAACAACCAGGUCUGGGACCCCAUCCACAACCGCAUCGUGCGCUGGGUGGACGCGUCCGGGCCCAGAGAGCGACUGGACGUGUACAAGCCUGGUGCACGGUACUGCAUACGGUCGUUGCUCAGUCGGGAGAGCACCAGCCUCGCCGCCCAGCAUUGCUGUUACGAUGGCGAGAUGAGACUGAUCACCAGAGGAAAGGCAGCUGGUACGCCAAAUCUCAUUAGCACUGAGAUCUCGCGAGAACUGCACUACAGGGUAGACAUCAUGCCCUGGAUCCUCUGUAAGGGGGACUGGACUCGUUAUAACCAAGUCAGGCCGCCCAACAAUGCGCAGGAGUGUCCCGACAAUCCUGACGACAAUGAGCUGUACAGACAAGUGGAGGAAGCCAAGAACUACUGAGCCUGAACAACACAUAUGAUGAAAAAGACCAAAGAAAGAACACAAUUAAACCAUGAUACACUGUAGCAUAUCCUACACCUUGUACAGGAUAUUGCACUGCCAGAAUGACGCGUCUGUGUACACCAGAACCCGUUAGGCUUGGAACGUCAUCUUUACAAUGGCUGGGAAAUAAACAGACUAGAAAUCACUUCGUUGGACGAAAGGCCAUGGACCUCACCAUUGCCUGUAUUCCACAGGGUUAUUUACAAUCGAACCAAAGGCAACAGUUCGUGCGAGGACACAGAUUAAUAAUCGGAAACAAACUUUGUUAUUUCUGGUACAACUCGUCAGUUCCACAGGUUGUGGCUGAUCAGCGGUGCGGUGAGUUAAAGAGUGCCGUCCAUGGCGGCUGGGUGAACACAGACGAUUCUCGUCUCUCAGCAGCUGUUGGAAGUGGUUCCUUCCGACAUACUUGUCAUGUUUCAGGGUGUUUGAAGUGUAACGGCAGGGAUGGCUUUUUUGGG